AUGCGGGCGGAGGAGCCGCUGGCGCUGGCGGCCCCGCGGGCGGGCGGCGAGGCGGAGGCGGAGGCGCCGGGCGAGGAGCGGAGCGGCGGCAGCUGCUGCAGCAGCGAGCGCCUGGUGAUCAACAUCUCGGGGCUGCGCUUCGAGACGCAGCUGCGGACCCUCUCCAUCUUCCCCGACACGCUGCUGGGGGACCCCAGCCGCCGGGUGCGCUACUUCGACCCGCUCCGCAACGAGUACUUCUUCGACCGCAACCGGCCCAGCUUCGACGCCAUCCUCUACUACUACCAGUCCGGGGGGAGGCUGCGCCGGCCGGUCCAUGUGCCCCUCGACAUCUUCCUGGAGGAGAUCCGCUUCUACCAGCUGGGCCAGGAGGCUAUCGAGACGUUCCGGGAGGACGAGGGCUUCAUCCCGGAGGAGGAGAAGCCCCUGCCCCAGCAUCACUUCCAACGCCAGGUCUGGCUGCUCUUUGAGUACCCCGAGAGCUCCGGGCCGGCCCGGGCCAUCGCCAUUGUCUCCGUGCUGGUCAUCCUCAUCUCCAUCGUCAUCUUCUGCCUGGAGACCCUGCCCGAGUUCCGCCAGGAGCCCAAGGGCCCCCAGCCUGGCUUCGGGGAGGCUACGCCGCUCGGGGACGAGGUGCUGCUGCUGCCGCCGCUGCCACCGCCGAGCGGGACCCCCCCGCCCCUGCGUCCCGCCGCCGGCUCCGGCCCGUUCUUCACAGACCCCUUCUUCCUCAUCGAGACCCUGUGCAUCAUCUGGUUCUCCUUUGAGCUCCUCGUGCGCUUCUUCGCCUGCCCCAGCAAGCCCGAGUUCUCCCGCAACAUCAUGAACAUCAUCGACAUCGUGGCCAUCAUCCCCUACUUCAUCACCCUGGGCACCGAGCUGGCCCAGCAGCAGCAGCAGAAGCAGCAGCCCGGGAGCAGCAGCAACAAUGGGGGCCAGCAGCAAGCCAUGUCCCUGGCCAUCCUCAGAGUCAUCCGCCUGGUCAGAGUCUUCAGGAUCUUCAAGCUCUCCAGGCACUCCAAGGGGCUGCAGAUCUUAGGGAAGACUCUCCAGGCCAGCAUGAGGGAGCUGGGCCUCCUCAUCUUCUUCCUCUUCAUCGGGGUGAUCCUCUUCUCCAGCGCUGUCUACUUUGCAGAGACUGACGACCCUGACUCACUGUUCACCAGCAUCCCUGAUGCUUUCUGGUGGGCUGUGGUGUCCAUGACCACUGUGGGCUAUGGGGACAUGUAUCCCAUGACCAUUGGUGGCAAGAUUGUGGGCUCCUUGUGUGCCAUCGCGGGUGUGCUCACCAUUGCCCUGCCUGUCCCUGUCAUCGUGUCCAACUUCAACUACUUCUACCACCGAGAGACUGACCACGAGGAGCAGUGCCAGUACACCCACGUCACCUGUGGCCAGCAGCAGUCACCCUUCUCUGAGCCCAAGAAGGGGGACAGUAAUCAGUCCCUCAGCAAAUCUGAAUUCCUGGAAGCAGAAGACCUGGAGUCCAUGAAAUAUUCCAACUUCAUUCCUCCCAAUAACCAGGGAUAUAAAGAGAAGAAAAUGCUGACAGAGGUGUGACGGGUUUUGUUGUCCUGGGUCCAGACACGGAGCUGCAAGCUGCUGUUACAGUUGUCUUCCUACAAGCAGCUGGAUCUAUUCAGCAUUUACAUGCCAGACUGUGAAUUGUGAUACCGUAAACAGAAUGAUUGUGAUAAUGGGCUCUUCUGGCCUGAUGUGCUGUUUCUCAUUACUGUGUGCAGCCAGAAAUGUUCUUGCUUUAUUCCGUGGAGUGCUAGCUGUCAUCCCCACUCCCUUGUGCAUUUCUUUAUCUGCUCUCGAUGACUGCUUUAAUCCAACAUUUGCUCUGAAACCAAGUCUUGUAACUCCACUAGCAGAGAAUCCCUUGCCGCUACUUCAGCAGAAGCAUUCAGCAGAGUAAACAGUUAAAGGGGCUGCAAACAUCUGGCUGGAGCCGUGCCCUCAGUCCCUGUGCCAGCACGGUGCCCUUGGCUGUGGGAUCAGUCACGCCUGCCAUGCCAUUGCCUUUGAAUAAUGGAAACGCUGCAGCCAGGAUCACAGGGAGCUCUGCAGCUGUAGGGGAAAGCCAGCAAGCUGAUGCCUGCCUUCUUUGCAACCCUUGGCAUGCUAAAAGAUCCUCCUGGUUUGUGUUUCAAAAAAAAAGGAAAAAAAGGUGCAUAAAUCUAAAAGCUCUUUGCUACUUGUGACCAUACAUCAUGUAUCAAAAACAGGCUUAAAGCAGUCAACAGGCUUGGUGAAGAUUCUCUGUGUUUUGAGCUUAUCUCAGCCUUAUUUAUGCCAGUGCCCUGAUGUCAAUUGGCUUUUAUAGUACCAACUUAAUCUUCAUAGUGGUAAGUGCCUUCUGAUGCAAGGCGUGUUGGAGUGAAUUCAUUUGUUAUCUGCAGAGUUCAUCUUCACACAAUAGCGUUUAAUGAGAUGUGCUUUGUGCUUCAGACACCCAGCUCUGUAUUCGGGCGUGUGAGAGCAGUUGACUCUGCUGCUUUUUUUAAUUGAGCAUUUGUGUAGCCGAGGGAAGUUUGCAUGUUGGCGUUUUGUUGACAUGGCAGGAAAAUCCUGACUGCAGAGAGCCCUGCACCUGUGCUGUGCGAGGAGGAUCGAGCUGGUUUAGCAAGUCACAGGCACAAAAUGCCCCAGGGCGAGCGUGUCAACAUUUGAAACUGAGACUGGCACGGAUACAAACUUCCCUAAGCUAUCUGCACAAAGCCAGCAGCGUCCUCCAGACCCUUUGAAUGAGGGGAGAAACAGCGAGCCCUGAAGAGAUGCUUUUGCUGUGUUGCUGGCCUAGCCAGUUCCUGGUAUUCCAUGGAUAGGAGGGACAGCAGUGUUUUUUGCACUUCGUUUUGUGAGAGCAGUUUGUGCCAGCCAUGCAAAAUAUGCACAGCUUGGCCUGCAGUGCCGGGUUUGCCAAGGGACCAGAGAUUUCUAUCUUCAAAUACACAUUUUGCUUCCCAGAGCAUUUCAUUAGUUUCAGUCAGCUCUGCCUUACAGCUAACUUGAAAAAUGUUUCAAGCUCUGCCAGCAGGUGAGAAAGGGAAAUGGAUGCUUUCAGGUUCCACUGGCAGAUUUUCCUGCAAGGAAAAGUCCUUCUUGUUUGAAUUCUAAGUGUUUAUUCUGCAUUCACACGUCUGCAUGUGUAUGAAAGCAAAGGCAGCCAUUAAUGCCUUGCAUCACACUGUAUGAAAUGCAUAUUGAAAUGUACUACAUAUUGCAUGGGACAUGUGUGAUACAUAAACCAGACAUAAUGCCAAGGUGCAAAAGUACAGAGAAUAGAUUUUGUGUAUAUAUUGUGCUUUUCAAGCCAUAAGACUAAGAAUGCUAAAGUCCUAGAAUAGCAUCAUAGAAUGACCUGGGUUGGAAGGGACCUUAAGGGUCACCUCUUUCCAAAGAGGGGCACUUUCCAAUAGACCAGGUUGCUCAGAGCCCUGUCCUUUAAUAUAGUUAAAACUGGCUAUAGAACAGGUUGUGAGAUAGGAUCUGUUUGCAUCUUUAUUACUGUGCCUGUUUUCAAUUGUCUUGAGAUAUGGCUCCAUGCCUAGAGUGCUUUUCUUAUGGCCUCUCUCCAUCCUGGCCCUGCUCAUAUGGUAGAAGUUGUUUGUGCAAAUCAUAGCUACUCCAUUUCUCCUGAGUCCUGUUGCCUUCUGAAAUGUUUUUGAUGUGCAGGGAUCUCCCUUGGGGUUAGCACACAACCAUUAUAUUAAAACCUCUGCUCUCUCUCUUGCUGAAAUCAGUAGGAAAAUGCCACUUGUCUCAGUCUGGGUGAUUGAGAUGAAUUUGAUGUGGUGAGGGCUCAUAGCUCAGAGGGGUCUGCCUGAAUAAAGCCUAAUUUCUCUUUGCUUCAUGGGACUGAGGCAAAAGUUUGUGAAGGUCUGAGCCUUGGGGACCAUUCUGCAUCCCUUGGUGUGUGUAACCAGCUGGUGGGUAAAUUGUCCUGGUGAAUAAGUGGAACUGAGGGGCACGGUGGUAUCUCUGUUGAUUUUGUAUAAAAGUUGUCCAGUUCUUAGUGUGUCUUAGUCUUGGUGGUGUUCUUAGCUGUGUUUCGGGGUCACCUUAAUGAAAUCUUUACUGUGACCCAAGAGAGGGACUGUUCUUCAAAUUUUGUGUUGCUAGAAACUAGCAAAAGAAGCUGCUGUUUAAGAGGGAUGUUCCGAGGCUGCUGCCCUCUCCCAGCAGAAUGCCCAUGUUUGGGGAUAUUUUAUGCCUGAGUCUAUCAGCUGAUAAAAGUUCCCCCAAAUUAAGAUAUAAAAAACUCAGGUUGAACACAAGUUCAGGAGGAGUCAUGAGACACGCUGAGCCUACGUCAGAAAAAUUCCUGUGCUCAUUUCUCCCCCUGGGCCUGGCCCUGUUGGCCCUGCCCAGAACAGGUUGUUCUCCUGACCAGCACGACAGAGAGCUGGGCAUAGAGACUCCAGCAAGAAAAAAAGAUCACUGGUAGCACAAUCUUACACAGAUCCUCUUGCAAAGAGGUGUCCUGCCUUGGGGUGGGAUCCAUCAGUGAGUUUCCAGGUGGAAUGCAGCAGUGAGUUCCUAGUGGGUAUUGGAAUCUCCUGCCUGCAGGUCACACCCGAGGUGUGAAGGAAUUUUAUGGUAAGCAAGGCAGCUCUGUGCAGUUUUUGUGAGCCACUUUUGUCAGUUCUGAAAAGUGCAGAUGAAAAUGUGUAAAGUAGGAGCGGUGUUUGUUCCCUGGGUUUUCUGUGUUUGCUCUGAGAGAUACAGAACCCCAAAUACAGAACACCAACAGAAGCAUGGAAACUGUAACCUUGGGACUCAUUUGGGGCACGUAAAUCCUUCUCUAAGCACCUCCUGAAAAGCAGUGAAGUCCCAGAGUCAUCAGUAAUGCUAUAGGUUACAGAACUUGUGGAAUCUGACCUUUUUCAAGGAGCCUUCAGAUUUUUUUUUUUUCUCUUGACCGAAAUGACACAGUGGCACCCAUUGACUUUACCAGAGGUCUCGUGCCACCGAAUCACGGAGAUGCUUUCAAAAAGCUUACCUCAAGCUCUCAGCCCUCAGCACUCCCCCCAGCUGCUCAAAAUGCAAAUCUUUCCUUCUGAAGGUAGAGCACAUCCCUGUGAAGCCAAGUAGGCACCUCCAGGGACCUGUUUCCAUAACAACCUCCCGGACUGUUUCUCUCCAUGCUGUGAUUGUGGCUACAAGUGAAAGCACUCUUUGGAUAUUUUGUAUUCAGACAUCAGCACCUUAUUUUUACAGAUGUUUUCCUUGCCUACUAGAGCUGAUCCCAUCACCUUAUGUUGUGUACAGCUGCCCUGUCCAAUUUCAGGUGGGCAAUCUCCAGCUUUUACAAGCAGGGAGUGCAAACCUGGAGAUGGGAAGAGAUUUUAUAUGUCCAUUCUUGCACACAGAGAGCUGGAGAGUGUGUGAAGGACAAUUGGAGCUGAGGGGCAACUGGCCUGUGAAUUCAAAGUCAUCUGGGUGCUUGGUGGCAAGGAAUAUAAGCUAAAGCGUUACAUUAAAGACCCAGAAAUUCCUCUUGCAGCAAUCUCACUAGGAAAUAGUUUUGCAGUGGAAGAGACUAUUGCUCCUUCCUGAUCCCCUGGCUGGUUUGUGAUGGUUGGUUCUCCUGAUAGUUUUCCCACAGGAUGUUUUGCACCAAAGCAGGCAGGGUAGAAAUCAACUCCUUGGAGGUGGGUAAGAAAGGAAGGAAAGGAAGAAUUUUACUGAGGAUACCAUUUUUUUAUCCACACAAAGGACUGGAAGCAUGAAGGGUGUGAAGACCUGUUCUGUGGUGUUUUACUGUUGGACUCCUGCUCUCACCUCCAAGAUGAAAUUCCUGUUCUGCUCCUUCUUGGAAAAUGUUGGAAUUUGGGAUUUUUGAGUAGUCUCCUGUUUGAGCCUUUUGAUCCAGCUUUCAUGGAUAAAAAUUCACUGCUACAGCAGCUGUGGGGGUGAAGGUGACUGGACUUGAUCUUCUCUCCUGGCUCCUCUCAUUCAGAGGUCCCUAUGGGAUAAAGAAGAGUGAGUGUAAAGAAAAUUCAGGGCAGCAAGUGACAGGGUGAGGACUGAAGUGUCUUCCACAUGGUGAUGGAAAGAACAGCAUCAACCCUAAAUGCAAAGGAACAAACAGCUCCAGCAUCUGCUGCUAUUGCAGAAAUAGGUCCUGUUGCCAUCAGGGAAAGAUCUGCAGAUUACAGCAGGAGUCAAUCACAGCUUUCCCAAAAGCUCUCACCUGACUCGAGUCCAACUUGAUGGCAUCCAUUUUCAGAAAGCAGAUGCUGCCCUCUUUUACACUGGUGCAAUUCUGGAAUAACUCCGCUGACGUCAGUGAAGUGACUCCAAAUUUAUCCACGGCAAAAGCAGAAUUGGACCGCGGUCUCUUUGUCUGCCUCUCUGCUCCAGAGCUCUGGGGGAGUUGUGCCACUGCCACACCAUAAGAUCCAUCUUAAAAGGACCUAAAAUUAGAUGCCAUGAAAAUGGCUCUGGGAAUCCCCAAGGUCCCGGCUACGGUAAGAAUCAGACUUUGUGCCUCUGUCCUUGAAGAGCACGGCCCUGCAGUGCAUCCUAACACAUUUUGCAACAUUCUAAUAAAUAUAUUUCAUCUCAUGCAAGAAGAAAGGUGUGUAAUUCCCAGGAGCUUCAAGGAAAAAUUGGCCCUAAAGCAGAUCCCAGGAGGCAUUAAGGCUGGAUUCUGUAUGCUGCAAGGCUGUCAUGUCAGGAUGCUGCAAAAGAGGUUGUUACAUCUUCUUCCUGAAAAGUUGGUGGAGUUUCUCUCUAUGCAGAGGGUACAACCUUUAUGGUCAGGAAACUGUUUUCCUUGCUCUGUGGUUUUCUUGCUGCUGCUGCUGCUUUUAAAGGGGUCAGCACUCUUAGCUCCAGGAAACUGAAACUAAAUGUGAGCAGGGACUGGAGGAAGGAAGCAGGGAGAAUCCCCUACAAGAUUCCAAAAACUAAAUAAAGCAGGAUUCAACUGCCAGUGGCUGAAUAGCAGCAAUUUAUGAGCUGUUCCUCAAAAGCCUCAGACAAGCACCAAGUACUGUGGGAAGCUGGAGAUUGACAGAGGACACCUCCGGAAGAGUCUGCUGUUUAAAUUUCCUUUAAGUUUUUUUUUUUUGUUUUGUUUGUUUUUUGGUUUUUUUUUUGUUUGUUUUGUUUUGUUUUGUUUUGUUUUUUUUCUCUCAAGUGGAGCAUCCAGACCUGGCAAAUGCAUAAGGUCAGCCCUUGGAAGAGCAAAAGGCUGUCUCCAAGAAAACCAAACAAGUGGCUGAAAUCUGUCCAUUUGUCUGCCUGUCUUUUUGGCCUGUGAUUACUGUGCUUUUCAAAGCUAUGCUUUCAUAACUUGGAUAAAAAGGUAAAUGUUUCCUAUAGCUCUGCAAGUAGUAAUCAUCCUGUUCAUGCAAAAAAUCUGCUGCCUGAGGGAUGGGCCCAAGCCAGAGGUGUUUCUCAUUUACCUACAAAGUGUCUGGCUUUAGCAUCUGUAGUCAGUUUUUGUGAACAUGUGAGUCCAUUGCCUGCUCUAACAGAGUUAGUGACUUCCUUUCAGUGGUUGUAGAGAGUUUCACUGAAAUAGCACUGUUUGUAGUCCAUUGUGUGACUUAGGAGACACAAUAGCCAGACAAUUCUGCAAUUGUAAUAUAACUGUACGUGGCGUUCCCAGAAAAUGCUCUGAAGUCUUCUCCCGUUGCACCACGGUGAUAAAAACCACUGCUGCUUUUCAAGCUCCACGAGGCCGUGCUGUGCUGAAAGUGAUAGAAAAGCCAAUUAGCUCUGAAAAGUGAAGGGCAGAGAGGGGUGCUUUGGCCUGGAAUUCCCUCCCUUUGGCAGCAGCAAAGGUCAGCUGUGCAGCCAAAUCUCCGUGACCGCAUGUGGAUCCAGCUUGUGUGUGUUGCCAGCUAUCUGUACAGGGAGUGGGAGAGGGUGGGGAGGAAGAAUUGAUUCUGGAAGGGGAAAGCUUGAGUCCAAGGGGGAAGUGGAGUGAAAUGUGAUAGUUGGGAUUUCCAGAAGGUAGUUUGAUGGAUGCUGGGCAUCCAGCUUCCCUAGAACUCUUUAUCAGUAACACCCUCUAUAUCUCCCUCAGUGACUUUUAGCCUGUCUGGCAGUUUUCAGCAUCAGUGUGUGAGGAAAAAGAGAUGGAAGGCAGUUCUCUCUGAUUUGGCAGCUCUGGGACUGCAGCACAUCUUUGUGCUGCUGGCUGAGGGUCUGGAUUUCUGAGGAACUUCCUGGCUACCUGUGGCUCCCACAGGCUUGUAGGACUGGGCUUAGAGAAACCCUGAGCUGCCAGAUGGAGGCUGCUCCUGGUACAACUCUUUGGGGUGUGGAUGUGAGCCUGCAGUCCUUGGGAGGCAAAAUGCACUCCACAAUCCCAAGGAACUUGCUCUGUCUGUCAGUGCAGGCCAGCUGUGGGAAUCCUCCAAGUCCCUUUAUCCUGGUCUGUGUGUCAAAGCCCUGUGGCUGACCAUGAGUGCCCCAAGCUGCCAGGGACCCUUCUUGCAAGGGCGAUUGUUUUCAGAGUCAGCGUAGAUGCUGGCUACCUUUGGAAAAGUGGGGAAAUCCAUGGGGCAGAAACCUUGGGCCAUACUGUGUGCUGACACCGUGCUUUGCUUUUGGUGUGAAACCUUGCUCUGAUGCAUCAUUCCAAGGAAAACAGCUGGAAUUUGCAGGCCAGGUCAUGUGGGGAGAUAAGUAAGUACAGCUCCCUUACUGGACCUGAUUUAUACAGCUCAGGUCCAAUAUUUGUGAGAAAUUGUUGAUGGUGGGAGCUUUCCUGUUUGUUUGUUUCGCUGAAAACUUGAAGCCUUUCAAAUAAAGAAAAAUGAGGUGUAGGGAAUUUUUAGCUGGAGUAUGUGCUUCAGGAUGUUUGCUGCAUUCAGGCUUCAAGAACACAAAUUCUCUGCAGACAAUCCCACACACAGUGGGGAAAAAAGGAUAUUGGGCUUGGAAGUGCACCAGGGAGAUGGGACUCGAGUGAGCUUGGAACAGCAAUCAUUGUCAUUAGUGGUGGUGCUGUAAUUUGUUCUUGACUCAAAUUAAGCAUUGCACAGGCAAGAACCUGGUGAAACCUUGUAACUUGAUAUUUGUGGUUGUUCCUGCCGGUGUGAUCUGCUGUUGAAUAGGCUAGACAUGAAUAAAAUCAGUAUUUUUUAAAGUGC